AUGAAAUCGGAUCCGCGUACCAGUAAAAGAGCCAUGAAACGAGCUGAACCUGACCAGGAACUGGCAUUUUUCGGAAAACCAAUACCUCUAGAAGAAGCUAAAAGCAAAUGGCCAGAUCGCUACAAUUAUCCAAAGCCUAGAACAACCAAAAUCGUCAAAUCUUCAAAAAAGAAGAAGGUAAUCAAAACUCUUGCAAAAACAGUAGAUGGAUUGAGAAAAAAGAGAGUGUUUCUAUCCAGUUUUGAGGAAGAUAAUCACCUCAACUGUAUCGAAACCAUUGUCAACAUUGUUAAAGUCCCACCACUUUAUACUGUUUCAGGAACUGAUGAGAGUCAUAUACCUCCAUGUGAUCUCUACUACGACUCAAUGAAAUAUGAGACAUCACACAUGACCUUUAUAAAUGAACCUGAUAAAAAUCUUGAGAGUGUUGUUGCACCAUCAACAGAUUCAAGUAAAUGGGAAUUAGUGUGCGUUGAAGAAGAUAAAAACAAGGAUGAAAAGUACUUAUUGGAUCUUUACUGUGGCUGUGGUGCAAUGUCUACUGGUCUUACCAUGGGAGCUUCCUUGUCAGGCGUCAAACUGAUAACGAAAUGGGCGGUUGAUAUUAACAAAGACGCUUGUGAGAGUAUGAAACUUAACCACCCUGAAACUGAGGUGGUAAAUGAAGCUGCUGAAGACUUUCUAACUUUGCUCAAAGAAUGGAACAAGCUAUGCGAGAAGUUUGGACUUAUUCCUUGUACCGAGCCAAUAGAACCAGAUAGUGAUGAUGAAGAUGAAGAAGAAGACGAAGAAAGUGAUGAUGCUGCUAUGGAUAUUCAGUGGAAUGAAGUCCCACCAGAUGAAUUUGAGGUUGAUAAGUUUCUUGCUAUUGUUUAUGGAAAUCCCAAGAAACCUAAGGGAAAUCCUCCUUCUGCUCUUUAUCUUCGGGUCCAUUGGAAAGGAUAUGGUCCUGAGGAAGAUACAUGGGAACCUUUUGAGGAAUUUGGAAAAUGCAAAAAGAAGUUGAAGGAGUUUGUCACAAAUGGUUUUAAGAACAAGAUCUUGCCUCUUCCUGGUAGUGUUCACUUUAUGUGUGGAGGUCCUCCAUGUCAAGGUGUUAGUGGAUUCAACCGACACAGAGACAAAGAAACACCGCUCGAAGAUAAGAAAAACGAGCAGAUGAAGAUCUACAUGAACAUCGUCAACUACCUGAAGCCAAACUACGUCCUCAUGGAAAACGUAGUCGAUCUCAUAAAUUUUUCUGAUGGGUUUCUUGGCCGUUACGCUGUAGCUCGUCUCGUUGCGAUGCACUAUCAAGCAAGGUUAGGAGUGAUGGCUGCUGGCUCUUAUGGUCUUCCACAAAUCAGAGACAGAGUGUUCCUUUGGGGUGCUUUGCCAACAGAGGAGAUUAAAGUUACACCUCAAGUUGGUGUUGAGUUAGAGAAGGCUCUUACUCUUGCAGAUGCAAUAAGUGAUCUCCCAUCAGUAACAAAUGAUGAGAAGAGCUACGAGUCAAGUCUUCAAACAGAGUUUCAGAAGUGCAUCAGUCUUACAAGAGCUGAAAAAGAUGGUGGAGAUUUCUCAAAGGCACUAGUGGUGUUUGAUCACCAGCCUUUGCAUCGGAGAGCUGAUGACUAUGAACGGAUUUGUCAGAUUCCAAAGAAGCAGGGUGCUAACUUCAGAGACUUGCCUGGUCUUAUCGUUGAUGAAAAGAGAAAGAGCGUAAGAUUUGACCCUUCCGUAGAGCGAGCAAGAGUGAAAUCUGGAAAGUUUCUGGUUCCUAAUUAUGCAGUGUCAUUCAAACGUGGAACCUCAAAGAAGUGA